CUUUGUGCUUGUAAGGUGCUCGACGGAGGAGGAGGUGGUCAGCGCUGCGGGUCGUGGGUCCAGUUGUGGGGGUGAAUGAGGGAGAGGAAGGUUCGAGGUCGACCUUGUACGCGGGUAUACUGUGAGGAGGAGGCGUCCGAAGUGGAGGUGGAGCUUUGUACAGUGAGGAGGAGGCGUCCGAAGUGGAGGGGGAGCUUUGUACAGUGAGGAAGACUCGGGAAGUACAGUGAGAGAGAGAGGCGGAGGUCGUACUUGAGAGGAAACACCCGAAUCGACGUUGCGUUUGUGAUAUAGAGUGAGAGAUUUUUUGAUGUCGAUUUUUUUUUUAAUAUACUCGUGAUAACAGAGGAAGGCCUCGAAUCGACAGUACACUUUUGAUAACCAGUGACGAAUUGCUGUGAUAUAUGUAAAAAGAAAAAAAGAAAGAAAUAUUUAUGUGUGGCUGCUGCUAUAUGUGUCUUUGUGUGUCGUGUGUACGAAGAGAUACUUUCCAAGAAGAAUCAGGUUGAGGUCGAGUGCACUGAAUUUUCCCGGUGUGGGGAAGUGAAUAGAAGGAAAGAAGCCAAAAGAUUGUUUUAAGUAAUAUGAAUAAAGACCAGAGUUGCGGCGGCAGAAUGGUGCGUUGGUUCAGACUCUCGUCCAGUGGGAGCGGCAACUACUUGGUUCGAGUGCGUGCUCAGGUGAUGAUGCGUGAUGACAGCACUGGGGGUUGGCUGCCCAUGGGUGGGGGCGGCCUCUCCAAUGUGUCUGUCCGGAAGCGCGUCACCCAACCCGACCUUGACGACUCCAAACAUGAGUAUCUUAUCUAUGGGAAGAGAUUAUCCGAUCAAUCAGUAGUGUUGAGUUGUACAAUAAAGAAAGAUUUUGAAUACAACAAAGUCAUGCCUACCUUUCACCACUGGAAGACAGGAGACAAAAAGUUCGGACUAACCUUUCAAACAGCCGCCGAUGCUCGAGCAUUUGACAAAGGCGUACGAAUGGCGGUUGAAGAUCUAUUAGAAGGUGUGUAAAUGCAAACCAGCGCAGUGUUCUCGUACCAGUUUUUAUUUUUUAAGAUAUAAGACAUGAAACUUCAAAUAAGUACAAGAAAAUGCAUGAAAUCUGGACAUGACGGACUGUAAGAAAAUGAAGAGGUUCCCAAACGAGUUAUGUUUAAGACAUAGAUUGUGAUGAGACUGUUAGAAUAACAGUAAAAAGAAGUUUUUUUGACAGUUCUGUUCAACUUUCUUCUUACAUGUGUCUGUAGUGCAUGGCAAUAGCAUGUACUAUAUAUUUUUUUCGAUUUUCUUUCUCUCUCUCUCUUUCUCUUUUUUACUGUGUUUAUUUUAUUGAUUUUGUAUUCUGCAAGGAAUUUUUCUUCAUUGCUGUGUCACUUUUAUAUCACAGAUAUAUCUGUUAUUUGCUUAAGUCAUUAUGCUUGGAGAUGUUAUAAUGAAUGAUAAUGGCUUUGAUGGGUUCACCAAUAUUCUUUAAAAGUCCUUCAUUGCACAAUUAACUUAAUGUGAAUGUUUUACUAAAGCACAACAAAGCACAAACAACUGGUUUUGAUAUACAAGUAAUCUGGAUGUUUGACUAACCUAUUUGCUUAGAAUUAUUUUUGGUGUACAUAAGAUAAAACCCCAACAGAGAUAUGCAUUUUGAUUUUAUAAUUUUAUUGUAAGACUUAUGCUGCUCUUUCAUUCUAUCCUCCUCUUUCCUCUCUUCUUUCUUCUCCCUUCUCUCCAUCUCCCUAUCCCACUCCCUCCCUCUCCCUUUCCCUCUCUCCUUCUCCCUCUCCCUCUCCCUUUCCC